AUGUGGCUGCAGCAGCGGCUUAAGGGGCUGCCGGGGUUACUGUCGAGCAGCUGGGCCCGCCGCCUCCUCUGCCUGCUCUGCAUUCUGGUGUUGCUCCUCUGGUUCGCGGGCUCCGGGGCGCGGCAGGCGGCGGGUGGCCUGCAUUUGCUGUCCUGGGCCCGCGGCGAUUCGGGGGCCGCCGAGCCCUCAGCCUGCUUGGAGGCGGCUACCCGGGCCUGGAGUGGCCUCAAGGAGCGCGGGGAGGCAGUGCCGCUGGGCCCCGGCGUGCCGGCCCUGGUGGCCAACGGCUUCCUGGCCCUCGACGUGACCGCCAACCGACUCUGGGUGACCCCCGGGGAGCGGGAACCCGCCGUGGCGCCGGACUUUGUGCCUUUCGUGCAGCUGCGCCCUCUCAGCGCGCUGGCCGAAGCUGGGGAGGCCGUGCUGCUCUUGCGGGAAGGCUUGUUGCGCCGGGUGCGCUGCCUGCAGCUCGGGCUCCCCGGCUCCGGCCCAGCAGCCGCCGUCCCCGGGCCCGCCUCGGCCUCUGGCGUUGUCACGGGGGCCGGCCGUGACUGCGUGCCGCUUCAGGAGGACUUCCUGGCUCACCGGGGCCGCCCUCAUGUCUAUAUGCAGCGCAUCCAGCUCAGCAACCCCACGGAGCGCGUCGCGGCCCUGCAGACCGUGGGGCCCACCGCCGGCCCAGCCCCCAAGGCCUUCACCAGCACGCUGGAGAAGGUCGGAGACCAUCAGUUCCUGCUCUACUCGGGCCGCUCCCCGCCUUUGCCCACGGGACUGGUGCACCUGGUAGUGGUGGCCGCCAAGAAGCUAGUGAACAGGCUCCAGGUGGCUCCCAAAACACAACUGGACGAGACAGUGCUAUGGGUGGUCCAUAUCUCCAGCCCCGUGAACCCCCAGGUGCUCAAGAGCAAAGCAGCCAAGGAGCUCAAAACACUCCAGGACUUGGCCCGCAAGGAAAUGCUGGAGCUCCUAGAGAUGCCGGCAAAUGAACUGCUUCAAGACCACCAGCGCCUCUGGGCCCAGCUCUUUAGCCCAGGAGUGGAAAUGAAGAAGAUCACGGACACACACACACCAUCCAGCCUGACUGUGAACCUGACACUUUACUACAUGCUCUCCUGCUCCCCAGCCCCGCUGCUCAGUCCUGCCCUGAGCCACCGGGAGCGAGACCAGAUGGAGUCUACACUCAACUACGAAGAUCACUGCUUCAGUGGCCACGCCACCAUGCACGCCGAGAACCUCUGGCCUGGGCAGCUGUCCACAGUCCAGCAGAUCCUGCAGCUGUCAGACCUGUGGAAGCUGACCUUGCAGAAGCGUGGCUGCAAGGGGCUGGUGAAGGUGGGCGCCCCAGGCAUCAUGCAGGGCAUGGUACUCAGUUUCGGCGGGCUACAGUUCACCGAGAACCACCUCCAGUUCCAGGCUGACCCCGACGUGCUGCACAACAGCUACUCUCUGCACGGCAUCCGCUACAAGAACGACCACAUCAACCUGGCCGUGCUUGCCGACGCCGAGGGCAAGCCCUACCUGCACGUGUCGGUGGAGUCCCGGGGCCAGCCCGUCAAGAUCUACGCCUGCGAAGCUGGCUGCCUGGAGGACCCCGUGGAGCUGACCUCGGCACCCCAGGGCCACACGUUCUCCAUCAUGGUGACACAGCCCAUUACGCCACUGCUCUACAUCUCCACCGACCUCACACACCUGCAGGACCUGCGGCACACGCUACACCUCAAGGCCAUCCUGGCCCACGACGAGCACAUGGCCCAGCAGGACCCCGGGCUGCCCUUCCUCUUCUGGUUCAGUGUGGCCUCCCUCAUCACCCUCUUCCACCUCUUCCUCUUCAAGCUCAUCUACAACGAGUACUGCGGGCCUGGCGCCAAGCCUUUCUUCCGGAGUAAGGAAGAUCCCAGUGUCUGAGUAAAUGAAUGUCCACGCUCAGCCACCAUUUGCACAAGAUGCCCAGCACUAACCGUCCUGCUGCUCCGAACAAGGGAUCCUCUGAAAGCUACCACCCUUUUGUGCCUUGUUGUGGGAAACCAGUGACUCCGAGUGUUUGUGGACCUUCAAGAGUUUGCGUCAGAAGGAAGCGGAGUGUGCAGUGGGGAGCGGGGCGGGAGAGGCCAGUGGACUUUUUGUAAACUUUCGGCUCAAUAAAAUGAACCCAUAUGG